UGGAGUCGCUCAAAACAAGUGUGUAACGUGAGCGACAUAACGGUUUCUUUAUAUUUACUAGAAAUAACCCGUUAUUAACACACACACUGCUGCUGUGUACAGUCUAGUGAUGAAGGAGAAAAGCAGGAAGAUUAAAACAUACCGGUGAAAUAAAUCUACACUGUGAGUGGAAGUUUAAUUCGUUUUGAUUUCACUUAACUGAACAGAGAAGAGAAAAAGCGGCUCCCGUUAAUUCAACAAUUAACAAACACAUCAUGAACCGACUGGACCUGAGAAAAUACAGAGUGGCUGGCUGAUGGAGAGCUCAGGAGCAUUUGGAGUUGGUUGAUGAUGGACUGGAAGGAACAUUACAGCUGGUGCACUUGUUGACAGAAACUCCUUCACCAUGUCGAGCCUUUCGAUUAACGAGACCGGACUGGACGACUGCGGCAUCGACGACUCCUUUAAGUACAACCUGUAUGGAGUGGUGUACAGCGUGGUCUUCGUGCUGGGCCUGGUCACCAACUGCGCCUCGUUGUUUGUCUUCUGCUUUCGGAUGAAGAUGCGCAAUGAAACGACGCUCUUCAUGACCAACUUAGCACUAUCAGACUUGAUAUUUGUAUUCACACUCCCGUUUAAAAUAUACUACAAUGUCAAGAGGCACUGGCCGUUUGGUGAUGAGCUGUGCAAGAUCUCUGGUGGUGCUUUUAUCACCAACAUCUAUGGCAGCAUGCUCUUCCUGACGUGCAUCAGCGUGGACCGCUUUCUCGCCAUUGUUUACCCGUUCCGAUCACGGACCAUCAGGACGAGACGCAACGCUGGCAUCGUGUGCGCCCUCAUCUGGUUGUUGAUCCUGGGUGGAGGCAUGUCAGUGACCUUUUUUUCAGCCACCAACAAGGCCAAAAGCACCACCACAUGCUUUGAAGGCUUCUCUCAGAAAACCUGGAAGACCUACCUGUCCAAGAUCACCAUCUUCAUUGAGGUGGUGGGUUUUCUCAUCCCGCUGCUCAUUAACCUGGCAUGCUCCUCCAUGGUGCUAAGGACUCUACGCAAACCAGCCACACUCUGCCAGAUUGGCACCAACAAAGAACGUGUGCUGAAAAUGAUUGUGGUCCACCUGGCCAUUUUCAUCAUCUGUUUCGUCCCGUAUAACUCUGUUCUAUUCGUCUACGCCAUGGUGCGCACUCAGGCCCUGGCUAGCUGCUGGCUUGAACGGCUGGCGCGGACUCUCUAUCCCAUAACACUGUGUGUGGCCACUCUAAACUGCUGCUUCGACCCGGUGGUCUACUACUUCACCUCUGAGUCCUUUCAGAAGUCCCUGACCACAGGAAAGUGCCAGAACACACCACAUACCGAAGUAGCUGUGUGUGGCAAAGAGACCACAGAUGUAGGGAUGUUUGAAGCCAAUGCAGCAUCCCGAAAUGGAAAAGAACCAGUUACAGAGACGAAUUUUUAAAUAUUGUGAGAUGUGACCACAUGUCAUAGAGUAUUCAUUCAGGAGCUCUGGUAUAGGAGUCUCAGGAAAACUAAAAGGAGCUUUACUUAGUCCUGUGCAGAGGAUUUAGCUCUAAGGAUUAUGUUCAGCCAGAGGAAAA